GCAAGCUAGCAGGAGGAGGAGGGCACUAGUUAAUAGCGGCAAUAAUUGUCUGGGCAUCGGGAAUCCCAUCGCCGCAGCAUUUUUCCAUCUCCUAGCGCUGAAUUCCAAGAGAUCUCGUCUCUCUCCUCCGUCCUUCUUCCUCCACCUUGCUGCCUCCAUUUGGUGCGCCGCCGGCCGAGCGAGCGGGUGGUGCAAGUUGCAGCGGAAUUGGAACACGGGGCUGCCUUUUUUCCAGAGAGAGAAGCAGCUUAUUUCUUCUUCUUCUUCUCCUUCUUCUCUCGGCUGCUUUUUGCGCUGCGGGGCCGCCGCUUUUCGGCCUCCUUUCUUCCCAUUGGAGCGUACAAAGCUGGACGGCACCAUUUAAAGGAGGAGCCGGAGGAGGAGGAGAUCGAGCCAAACCCCAAAGAGAGAGCACCACCUCCACCUCCAGCUCACGCACCAUCACUAGUGCCGCUGCACUGCACUCUCAACGCAAUUUGGAUCACGCCGCGUCUGCCUCUUGGCGGUUCCUUCCCGCCGCAGCUACCGCGAGGACCGACGGCCGGAAGAACGGAGGAAGUGUAGCGUGCAAGAUUCUCAAAUCUGGGUAGUGGGUAGACUUUGAUCUGGUUUUAUUAAAGCUUUGGAAAAUAUCAUUUAUUUUGGAUGGCAUCCAUGCUUACUUUGAUGAGUUUGUGGAGCCCUGGAUGCGAAAUUCACCGAGGCUGCGCUUAAGUGGAAAUGUAACUUGUGCUACACACCAUUUGUUUCCUCACUGAAGAAGAAAGUUUCAGGAGGUAACAAAGCCAAGUGUUCUUCUGAAACUUGGUGAUCGGUUUGUGAGGCUGAAGCGAGAGCAACAAAUUUCAUCUGGCAUGCAGAUGUCAAGAGAUCCUAACCACUACGGCGUAUUUCCGCAGUCAUUCUACGGCCAGCAUGUGGUUUCAUUUCAGACAAGUGCAAUUACCAACGGGCCAGGAGCCAUGCCGGUCUGCCUGGACACUUCCAGUGGGAUGAAUGGUAAUCUGGCGAUGUUGAACACUACAUCUUCGACGGUUGUAUCCACUGGUUCACCCAACAUGAUUUCUGAUUCUAGCCAGAGCCUCAAGUAUGGAGGACCAAUGGCUGUGGAGUGGUCAUACCCCGAGUUACAGAUGUUGAACGAUGGCCUUCAUAAGUAUGCAAGUGUACCGGGAAUCAUGAAGUAUAUCAAGAUAGCAGCUAUGUUGCCAGAGAAGACAGUAAGAGAUGUUGCCAUGAGAUGCCAGUGGAUGGCGGAAAAACAAAAUACUAGAAGGCGGAGGACUGAAGAACAUUAUGUUGGAAGGAAGAUUAAAGACAGAAAGGCUAUAUCUCAGGACAAAAUGGUGGAGUCCUCAUUGCGGACUAUGAACCGCCCUGUUCAGAUAGACCCCAGAGGUUCUUCCUUUGCAGCAGCCUCUGACAUUGACCGUGCUAUGCUAAAUGUAUUGGAAGAAAAUGCUCAACUUCUCAAUCAAAUAGAAGCAAAUAUUUUAACGUCACAGGCUCAGAACAACAUUGAUCUUUUCAACCGUACAAGAAGAAACAUCAAUGAUCUUCUUCAAAGCAUGAGCCAAAUACCUGGAAUAAUGAGCAAGAUGCCUAGGUUGCCUGUUUCAGUGGAUGAAAAGCUUGCUAGUUACCUUCUCCCUGGUGUAAAUUUGGGCCAAGUUUUUGGCAGCUACCUGAAAGAGGAGCCAAGAGGAUGGUAACUGGUAAGCCCUGCAAGAUGUCUACUCAAUUCUCAGAAAUAGAUGAAAUAUUCGGGGGAGCCAUUUACCUCGGUUUCUGCGUGGAAAAGCAAGAGGUGAAAGAAGCAUCCUUCUUUUCCUACCUGAAAUCUGGAGGAAGUAAUGGGAGCCAUACUGCGCUGGGUGCCUUCAAGUACAACGUUCAAGUGAAAAGUAUAUAUAAUAUUAGUGAUUGAAAGUAGUGAGGGUUUUCGCAAUUGCAGUUUUCCUCAUGCUGUUGCACAUAUUUGAUUCUUUUUGGUUUUAUCCAAUGGUGUCUUUGGCUCAACAGCUAGUGAUGAUCUUAACAGAGGUUUAGUACAGAGACUUGAUAUGAAUAAUUAGCAGGAAAAGCCUUUUUGCCACUUA